UCGUCAUGUUGACAGCAGUCUACAGAGGUCGCUGUUGUCGAAGAGGUCUUCUUCGGCUCUCAGUCAGUUGGGAAUGACAACAUCGCCCAAACACUUCGCCCUUCUUCCCUUCACAGACACAAAGACAAGAAGCUGUGUGCUUCUGGACUUUCAGCUCAAACUUGAGAAGCGUCCAGUCUUUAUGAGCCACUGGAAGCGGCAGCAUCAACAGCAGCAACAUGGCAGAUGACAAAGACGUGCUAAGAGACGUCUGGUUCGGUCGGAUCCCCGCCUGCUUCACCCUCAACCAGGACGAGGUGACGGAGAGGGAGGCCGAGCCUUAUUAUCUGCUGUUGCCCAGGGUGAGCUACCUGACGUUGGUCACCGACAAGGUGAAGAAGCAUUUCCUCAAAUUGAUGAAGGCUGAGGACGCAGGGGAAAUGUGGUUUGAAUACGAAGGGACGCCACUCAAAUGGCACUAUCCAAUCGGAGUUCUGUUUGACCUCCAUGCCUCCAACUCAGUCUUGCCAUGGAGCAUCACUGUGCACUUUAAGAAUUUUCCGGGCCAGGACCUGCUCCACUGCUCUUCCAGUUCGGUAGUGGAGGCCCAUUUCAUGUCCAGCAUCAAGGAGGCGGAUGCACUCAAACACAAGAGCCAAGUCGUCAACGACAUGCAGAAGAAGGACCACAAGCAGCUAUGGAUGGGCCUGCAGAACGAUAAGUUUGAGCAGUUCUGGGCCAUGAACAGGAAACUAAUGGAGUAUUCCACCGAGGAAGCAGGAUUCCGAUACAUCCCGUUCAGGAUAUACCAGACGAUGAGCGACAGGCCCUUCAUCCAGAAACUCUUCCGUCCUGUUUCACCCGAAGGCAACGCUCACACGCUUGGCGACCUGCUCAAAAAGAUGUACCCUGCAGCAUUACCCGUUCAUGAUGAGCAGAGGCGCUACCAGGUCGUGAUCCACGGCAUCGAGCCACUGCUGGAGACGCCUCUGCAGUGGCUCAGCGAGCACCUCAGCCACCCGGACAACUUCCUGCACAUCUGCGUGGUGCCGGCGCCCUCCGACUGAGGGCCAUCCAGCCCUUACUGUUGCCACGGCAACGGACUAUACUAACUCUUUAGGAGAGCGUGCAAUGAGAGGAAUUCCUGAUGUUUCUCCAACAACUAUCCCUGAUGCACAUCUUCCUUGUCGGAUGGUGACGUCGCCGAGGUGACCUCAUUACUGCACCUUAGCCACCAUUUUGAGCUCUGAUUUGGAAAGCUGUUUCAGCAUUUAUUCCAUAUCUAUCCUUGAUAGAUUAAUGCAAUAGUAUGCCCUUUUUCCUCACUAGUAAGAUAAACUUGAAUAACAACUGGGAUGCACUAAUAGAACCACUGCAUCUUACUAGUAAAGUUUUUUUUUUUUUUUUCUCCCCCACGACUGCUUUCCCCAACUGUAUGACAUUUCUGCAUACUAGUAGGACAACCUUGGCAUACUAGUAGAACACUACUAGUUACUAUGUUAUGAGUGAGCCUAAACUGUGCAGUAGUGGACAUCUGUGCACUACUCGUACUACUAGUGAAAUGCUAGGUGUUAACUUGUAGAAUUUUAUAAUGUCACCAGUAGUCCUAGGAGCAUGAAAUUGUCAAUUUGUGCACAAUUUUGCCUCAAUAGUAACCUUUAAUUGUCCUACUGGAAUGCAAAAGUCCUCCUAGUGAGGACAAACACUAAGAAGAAGAAAGAAUACAUGUGAAGCCAUAAAGUAAGACGAUUCAGCACUCGAGGAGAAAGACUAAAUGACUAGGGAGCACUAGUAGAACAACUGUGUCUUACUAGUAAUGUUUUUACACAACUGUAUGACAUUUUUGCUCACUAGUAGAAACAAAUUUGACUUAUUAAUACAACUGCAUGUUACUAGUGAAGUAAAACUGGUAGUGGGCAUUGUGCUGUUACUAGUCAGCUUCAGGCGGCCACUAUUGCGUGACACAUGGCUACUAGUUGGGCCUAGUAGUGUUACUAGUGUAGCACAGUUUACUAGUAGGCCAGAAGUGUCACUAGUGGUAGGAUUUUUUUUUUUUACUAGUAAGACGCAUUCAUUCUGCUAGUGCGCUGAAGUGUCUUACUAGAGAGGACAAAGAGUAUACUAAUAAAUGGACCUAAAGCUGGAUAUCAAGAAUGUCAAAUACAUGCUGAAAUGGCUUUUUCAUAACCAUGAAAUGACUAACAAGCAGGUAUAUAUGGUGCAUUACAAAGGGGGGGGGGGGAAUUAUUUGUGGCCACAAUAUAGAUAUAACGUGUGUGCAAAAUACUAAUUUGUGGCCACAAAUGAUCACAAAAUUGUGGUUCACGAAGCAUGUAUAUUGUCCGCAAAAAAAUAAAAAUAAAUAUCAUCAUUCCUGGAUGCUUGAAUAAGAAAACUGAGUGCACCCCAAGGUAGCGGUUGAAGACAUCACCUAUUGUAUUUUCUAGCAAAGGUGGGCUUCACUUGUUUCCCCAGACGUCCCAAGUUGUUCAUGGGAAUAUUAAACCCACGAAUGUGUAUCUGAUGCACACGUUAUAGUUAUUUCAUGGCCACAAAUUAGCAUUUCAGUAGCUUGAUAGCACACUUGAAUAAGUCAUUUUUGAAAAUGAGAAAAAACUAAUUCAUCAAACACGAAGUGGCCAGUUGCUCCCAUUCAACCUUGGCUGAUCUACACAGAAAAAGAAAAAAAAAACAUUACUGUGAUUGUGACAGUAAGUUCAAAGUAAACAAUUUUGCUAUUGGGUUAACAAUUUUAAAACUUAAAGGUCGUGAAAAUUCAUUCAUAUUUUAAAAAAAUGUCACAGUAGUAGUAUGAGUAGUGUCAGUAUUGGUAUGAUGUGUAUUUUAGCUAAUUAAUAAUGUUACAAAACACAUGAAGGUAAUAGAAAUGUAUUUAGAUUUAACAAUUUGAUUAAAGAUCGGCAUCAGAAUAUUUGGUCAAAAACUUUCAUUAUGAUAUUAAGCAUUUUCUAUGUAGAAACUUAUAAUAAUGCCACAAAAAUACUUAAGCGGUAUGGAAAAUGCAUGGUUGAUCACUUAUUCAACUUUAGUAAAUUGAUGACGCAACCACUUUUAUUAUCAUAAAGUAUCAGUAUCGCGAUAAUGGCUUUGGUUAUGAUGGUUAUGAAAAUGUAUUCAGCUUUAGUGAUUCAAUGAUACAUCCACUUCAAUUAUUAAGUGUUGGUGAGUUCUGAACAAAAUCAUUUAUAAUAUGAUAUUUCAUGAUUAUAAAAAUAUGUUCUAUUAACCUGUACACUUAGUAACACAUUGUAUUGUGUUUGCAUGUUAUGUCUAUAUUAUGGCCACAAUUUUAAUAUUCCCCCCCCCCUCCCCCAUGUCAUGUCUGGAGCUUUAUAGGUUUAUGACCACUUAAAACUACACUUUUUCUUUGUCCAGGUUGUUGUUGUGUCCUUCACGUUCCUUCACUGUGGUCUGCAGUCAAAAGCAAGAACAAUAAACGGCUGAUUUGUUUGUGUGGC